AUGGCAACAGCUCAGGUUGCUAGUGGUGGGAAUGCGGCGUUCAAGGACAAGGAAAAGCCGACGGCAGUACGGACGUCGAAUAUAUUGGCUGCUCGAGCGGUCGCCGAUGCCAUCAGAACGUCUCUCGGUCCCAGAGGAAUGGACAAAAUGAUCCAAACGGGAAAAGGCGAGACGAUCAUUACGAACGAUGGCAACACCAUGUUACGAGAUAUGAGCGUGAUGCACCCCGCGGCGAAGAUGCUCGUGGAUAUGGCGAAUGCACAGGAUAUCGAGGCGGGUGACGGAACCACAUCAGUGGUGGUAAUUGCAGGAAGCUUGCUGGGCGCGGCGGAAAAGCUCCUAUUGAAAGGAGUCCAUCCUACACUCGUAUCCGAGGCCUUCCAAAGGGCAGCAGGAGCCGCCGUCCGAGUCCUACACGAUAUGUCGCUGCCCAUAUCUCUUGCUGACCGAGCCACCCUCCUGAAAGCGGCCUCGACUUCCCUCUCCUCCAAAAUCGUGGCUCAAGAACCGAAACUGGCUCACAUGGCCGUGGACUCGGUGCUGAAGGUCAUCGACCGCAAGACUGCUGAGAACGUGGAUCUCAACAACAUUCGGAUAUUGAAGAAGCCCGGCGGUACCAUCGAGGACAGUGAGAUGGUGGACGGACUUGUUCUGUCGCAGCCAGUGAUUAAAGGUGCUGGAGGCCCAUCAAGGAUGGAGAAGGCCAAGAUUGCCCUAAUUCAGUUCCAGCUGAGCCCGCCAAAACCCGACAUGGAGAACCAGAUCGUCGUCAAUGACUACAGGCAGAUGGACAAGAUCUUGAAGGAAGAGCGAACCUACCUCUUGAACAUGGUGAAGAAAAUCAAGAAGGCGAAAUGCAACGUCCUCUUGAUUCAAAAAUCGAUAUUGCGGGACGCCGUGAACGAGCUCAGCCUGCACUUCCUUGCCAAGCUCAAUAUCCUUGCGAUCAAGGAGAUCGAGCGAGAUGAGGUCGAAUUCAUCUGCAAGAGUACCGGAUGCAAGCCCAUCGCGGACAUUGAUUCCUUCACGGAAGACAAGCUCGGCUCGGCCGACCUGAUUGAGGAAGUGUCCAGCUCAGGAGCUCGAUACGUGAAAGUCAGCGGCGUCAAGGCUGCAGCCCAAACGGUGUCCAUCGUCGUCCGUGGUGCCAACUCGCUGGUGCUGGAUGAAGCGGAGCGAAGUCUGCAUGACGCACAUUGUGUCAUUCGAUGCCUGGUCAAGAAGAAGGCAUUGCUUGCUGGAGGUGGCGCUCCGGAAAUCGAGAUCGCCCACAAUCUGGCCAAUGAAGCCCGGUCGCUCAGCGGAACCGAGGCGAUCUGCUGGAGAGCCUUUGCGGACGCGAUGGAGGUCAUUCCGACUACGCUGGCGGAAAAUGCCGGGUUGAGCUCGAUCAAGGUGGUCACGGAUCUCAAGCACCGUCACGCAUUGGGGGAGCAAAAUGCCGGAGUCAGCAUCAAGACUGGCGGCGUCAAGAACAACAUUGCGGAGGAAAACGUGCUGCAGCCGCUGCUGGUGAGCACGAGCGCGAUCGAGCUGGCGGCGGAAACGGUGAAGAUCCUGCUACGUGUGGAUGACUGGGUGUUGUCGAGAUAG